UCAGAGACGAGUCCACGAGAAACCAAAGAGAAGGAGUUUAUUUAGGACUAAAAGAGGACAAGAAGGACACUACUACCACUACUACUACUAAUAAUAAUACUGCUACUACUACUGCUACUACUACAACUACUACAACUCCUAUUACUACUACUGCUACUACUGCAGAGAGAUGAGAGGAGAGAGGAUUUUGAGAGAGUAGUUUUAUGUAUGAUUUUGUCGUUCUGGUGCAAAAAAAAGGACAAUAAAAAGUAAAAGUAGAGGAGAAUAAGAGAGACAGGAGAGGGAGAGAAGAGAGAGAGAGGGUUAAGCAAGAAAGAGGAGGGAGAGACAGAGGGAGAAAGGAGAGAGGAAGAAGAAGGGACAGGAGAGAGGGACAGAGCGACAGAAGGAGAAGUGAGAGUAAAGAGAAGAGAGGAGAGAGAUGGUUCAGUCCAUGGAGCUCGGGUCUUCGGACCAGAGGAAGACCCUAAAGACCAGAGUCCGCAUCCAGAACCAGAUACUGAGACUUGGACUCGCCGAGACCCUCUCGACCUACGUCAUGAUGGUUUUCGGGCUGUGCUCCGUGGCCCAGGUGGUCACAGGUAAAGGAGAGUUCGGACAAUACAUCAGUAUAAACCUGAGCUUUGGCCUCGCCGUUGCUCUGGGAGUGCACGUCGGUGGUGGAGUCUCAGGAGCCCACAUGAACGCGGCGGUCUCCUUUUCUUCUUGCGUCUUUGGGACUCUCCGGUGGAGGCUCCUUCCACUUUACGUCACAGCGCAGUUCAUUGGCUCGUUCCUCGCUGCAGCAACUGUCUACGCUGUUUACUACGAGUCCAUCCACAGCUACUGCGGGGGGAACCUGACAGUGUCGGGCCCAGUGGCCACGGCCGGGAUCUUCUCUACAUAUCCAGCCCCUUAUCUGUCCCUGAGCGGAGGCUUUAUUGACCAGGUAUUCGGCACGGCCAUGCUCCUCCUCUGCCUGUCAGCUCUCUCUGACCGCAGGAACCAGCCGUGUCCUGCAGGGGGCGAGCCUGUGGCUGUGGGGCUCCUAGUGCUGCUCAUUGGGAUGUCCGUGGGGAGCAACAGCGGCUAUGCCAUCAACCCCACAAGAGACAUCGGGCCCCGUGUGUUCACUGCCAUCGCAGGCUGGGGCCCCGAGGUCUUCAGAGCUGGUAACUGGUGGUGGUGGGUGCCAUUGGUCGCGCCCUGUGUUGGGGCAGUUGUGGGGACAGGACUCUACAAACUCCUGGUUCAGCUGCACCACCCCCUGCUCAGUGCGCCCUCUGCUGGAGAAUCGGAGGAACCACACAGAGAGACAGAACCACUGGAGAAACACAGUAACUGUGUAGUAUGACCCUACAGUCUAUGAGUAUGUAUGACAUAAAGUGUAUUGAUACUUUGCAGUGACAUCAUGCUGGGGGUGUACUACAUGCAUCUCUGUGGUGGAAUGUUGAGCCAUUACUAUGGUGACACAAUGCACACAUUAGCCAACAUUGUCAAAAAAGUAAAAAAAAAAAAAAACUGAGAAAGGUCAGAGGUACCAAAACGUGUUAAUAAAAGUGGACCAAGAGUGAGAUAGUGUGCAGGAGUCUCAUUAAAACUUAAAACAGUCAAGUGCCUCUCCUCCGACACAACUCUCACCCACUCAGGUGUGCAGAGUCUACACAAAAGAAAAACAAAUAAAAAAAAUCCCAAAUGGAUUUAAAGAGCACAUUUUGAGGAACUUGUGGUCAAUCCAAGCUUGUGGCUGUAAUGUUAUUUGAGAGGGACUUGUUUAACAGCACAAAUCAGCUCACCUGUUGGAGUUCCGACUAAACCAGCUCUUUCUGGUCAGAUUUUCUUUAAAGCUCAAAAUUCUAUCAAGCCUCAGAUAAAGCAGUGCUUGCAGUUAGCUUCACACCCCCAGGGAACAUUGAUGACAGCUGCAAAGUAUCAAUAUGACCAAAGAAGUAUGUAGUAUGGUCAAAGAGAGGGUCUAUGCACCAACAUCUGUAUUUAUUUUCAAAUACAUGUGUCUGAAAACAGUAGACAGAAGAGGAGAUGUUUUCCGCAGUACUCUCUGUUUUCUGUCUCCUAGUUAUUGCAGUGUAGCAUUAGCAUUUUGCUGGGUAUGAACCAAUACAGAAAACACCGACUAGUGCACCUUUACUCAUCCAAUGAGACAAAGUGUUACUCUUUGUGCUUUUGUUACAGAAAUGUGGGAACUAAAAGGAAACAACACAGACAGUAGUUUUUAUGUCAUGGUGCAAUACCACAGUGCCAGAGAGAACUGAGUGGGUGAGGCUUUGAAAUCAGAUAAAGGUCAGUUAAAGCACUUAUGCCAUUUUAUGCGUGUCUGAAGUCCAAGUAAAGUCCUCUGCGUUUUCCACAUCUAUGUAAACUAAAGCAUACACAGUCUAUGGUCUAAAGUCCAGCCUGUGUUUUGGCCUUUCAAACACAGGUCUGCGUCAAUAUCUGACGCACAUUCCCUGAACCCACACAGUUCUCACGUUUGUUUUCACAAUUCGGGAUAUACACAAAUAAUAUUGUAAUACCAUCCUAUUAUCAUACAACAGAUUUAGAUUGUAAAGUCCUGUACACAAAUAUUUUAUGUAGCAGUAUUUUUGCACCUACUGUGUUUUAGGAAGUGUCACAUUGGUGAACUUAUAACAGUGUUAUUGUUGGACCAACUUAACAGAAAUAACCUCUUUUAUUUUCAUGACAUGAGGUCUGACAGAACUAGUCUAUGGACAGAAAUGUAUUUGUAGAAAUAGUGGCAGCUUUUUUAGUAGUUUUUAGCAGCAGAAGAUUUAAGAUUUUGUCAAUAAAAAAAGAAAAAGAUGUAUUCAUGUAUCAUUUUUAGUUUAGCACAAGAGAUAAAAUACUGUUCUAAUGCCGAAUUGAGUUUUGUCUCAU